UCCUUCUCUUCUCUACUAAGAUGAGCAAAAUGGGGUCACCAACAUCCCUUUUAGUGACUGCUCUCAUAGUAGCACUAGUCUCUCUAAGCUUCCCAUCAGAAACCAGUGCUAACUACGCAUACACAUCUCCACCACCUCCUAAGAAAUAUCACCCAGUGCCAGUUUCUCCUCCUUACCACUACAAGUCACCACCACCACCUACACCGGUGUACAAGUACAAGUCACCACCACCUCCUCAUCACGAGAAGCCUUACCACCCACCUACCCCGGUGUACAAGUACAAGUCUCCACCACCACCUCAUCAUGAGAAGCCUUACCACCCACCCACUCCAGUGUACAAGUACAAGUCUCCACCACCACCAACACCAGUUUACAAGUACAAGUCACCGCCACCACCCCAUCACGAGAAGCCUUACCACCCACCCACCCCGGUGUACAAGUACAAGUCUCCACCACCUCCCACCCCAGUUUACAAGUACAAGUCUCCACCACCACCAACUCCAGUGUACAAAUACAAGUCACCACCACCACCCACCCCCGUGUACAAGUACAAGUCUCCACCACCACCUCACCAUGAGAAGCCAUACCACCCACCCACCCCAGUGUACAAGUAUAAGUCACCACCCCCACCCACCCCAGUGUACAAGUACAAGUCUCCACCACCACCUCACCACGAGAAGCCAUACCACCCACCCACCCCAGUGUACAAGUAUAAGUCACCACCACCCCCCACCCCAGUGUACAAGUACAAGUCUCCACCACCUCCUCACCACGAGAAGCCAUACCACCCACCCACCCGAGUGUACAAGUAUAAGUCACCACCACCACCCACCCCAGUGUACAAGUACAAGUCUCCACCAUCACCUCACCACGAGAAGCCAUACCACCCACCCACCCCAGUGUACAAGUAUAAGUCACCACCACCACCUCACCACGAGAAGCCAUACCAUCCACCUACCCCAGUGUACAAGUAUAAGUCACCACCACCCCCCACCCCAGUGUACAAGUACAAAUCUCCACCACCACCUCACCACGAGAAGCCAUACCACCCACCCACCCCAGUGUACAAGUACAAGUCACCACCACCACCCACCCCGGUUUACAAGUACAAGUCACCACCACCACCCCAUCACGAGAAGCCUUACCACCCACCCACCCCAGUUUACAAGUACAAGUCUCCACCACCACCUACUCCAGUCUACAAGUACAAGUCUCCUCCUCCUCCUCACCACCACUACGUCUACGCAUCACCCCCUCCUCCUCCUCACUACUAGACGAUAUGGGGUUUGACGUAGCAGAAGUACCAGUCGGAAAGAGCAUAAGAACUUGGCAAAAAUAAAGGAAGGAGUUGAUAAAGAUCUUCUUUCUCUCUCUCUCUCUCUCUCAAUAUCGAUAUCAUAAAUAGAAAAGCGAGUCUCCGCGUUUCAUAUGAAGAAAAAGAAGAAAAAAAAAGUGUGUUUCGAAGAAGAAUAUUUGAAAGCCAAUCUUUUUAAUGUAUUAUUAUUGUUAUUAUUCGACGACAGUUGUAGUGCACUUUGAUAAUAAUUUGAUAUUUGUUUUUCCAUUUCCUUUUCCUUAUUAUAUAUUGUGUCGUACAACCUUUUAGCCAACGCGAAGGUUGAUCAAUCAUAAUAAUAAAAUGAACUCAUUUUUCGAAUGUGGUCCGUUAUCUCA